AUGGCCAGAUGUGGAAGCGCGCCAAAGGCUAAUGCGGACAUGAAAUGCCUCAGGGAUCCGCUACAGGGGCUAGACCCCAUACUAGAUGUGCCCCACACCGAAGGGGCAGUGGCUCUCAGGUUUACGGAUGAACACCGAGAGGCCUUCUGCUGCGCACUGGUCGGGAACUACGCCACACACGCCGGAGAAGUCAGCCAUGAAGCCCCGGCUGCCACGACGAGUGCUGAGGACGAGGCAAACUCACGGUGGUCUACGGCUACGCUCGAGUACCCCCGUGUCGACGAGUGGACAGGCUCGGAAGAGUCAGAGGAUUCUCAACUGGAGAUACUUGAAUCGUUGCGUGCGCACCGACAGGUCUUUACCGAUACUCUGCUUGCUGGGCUACCGCUGAAGCGGCCGCACGAUCAUAUCUUACUGGUGCCUGGGAAACUACCUGCACAGUCUGCCAUCUAUCGCGUGACUUCAGAUCAGCUGAAUUUCCACAAGCAGGAGAUAGCCAAGUUGUCGGCUAAUGGGUAG